AUGUUUUUAUCCCGAAUAAGUCGAUUUGGAACUAUAUUUUGUUUCAAUGCUCGUCGUAUUAAAUCUUCGUCAUUAUGCGUUGAUUCAGCAUUCAUUCGACGUUUUCAAUUUUGUUUUAAGACCGUUUUAGCAUUUAUUAUUAGUGGAUUUAUUGCCUAUGGAACUCGAUUACGUUAUCAAUUAGAUCAACAAUAUAUCAUAUGUGUGAUCAGUGUUAUAUCAAUACAAGAAACAGUUGGAUUGACAUUAUAUUCAAAUAUUCAAACAAUAAUUUCCAUUGUUCCUCUUUCUAUUAUUCUUUUUAUUAUUCACAUGAUUGGUCUUUCCUAUGGACAGUAUUUAGCAGCUGAACUUCUAUUACUUCUAUUAUCAUUUCUUAUUGCUUAUCAAUGUACACAAAUUCAAACACGAAAAAUAGCUUUGUUAUACAAUAUAAUCUUUUUUUCUACGAUUGCUAAUGAGAAAAAACUGCCAAUAUUAUUUGUUUUUUUAUUAUUGGAAGUAUUUCUUAUCGGAAUCAGUAUAUCAAUAGCUGUUUCUUUAUUGGUAUUCCCAUUAUUUGCUACCAUUGAUAUUGAAAAUCGUUUUAAUUUUUGUUUACGCUAUUUUCAACGUAUGUAUUAUCUUAUCAUUCAAGCUUUUUUAUCGCCAGAUCCAAUGGCUGCUAAAGUCUCACUUUCACGUGCAUCAAUUAUUGAAGGCAUAAUUCGUCAAACACUGAUUGUCAUUCAAACAAGACUAGUGGAAGCAAAAUAUGAACCAUCAAGCUUAAUACAACGAAUAUUUUUUCGAAAACGAAAACAUAUGAUUGAUCUUAAUAUUCAAGAACAAGCCAAUUUAUUAAGCUCACUGAUGUUUCAUGUAUCAUCUCUUCAAUUAAUGGUCAAUAAAUGUCAAUUUAAUGAAUAUCAUCAUACUUUAAGAUGUGAACUUGAAUCCAGUCUUAUUUACCUUAAUUCAUGUCAAUCAAGUCUUAUUUCAUCUUUUACAUCAACUCUGUCAGUAUCUAAAGAUAGAUUUAUUUAUCGUUUAACUAAUCUUCAUGCAUCUGUGGAUUUCGUUCGUUCAUCCUAUAAGAAAAUUCGUCUUAAUCAAAUGAAAAAUAUUCUUCAAUCAGACGAUCAUCUUUCACAUGCUUUCUUUCUUUUUCAAUUAUUCACUAUUGUGAAAUUAUUAAUCGAAUCAACAAGCGAUUAUUCCAAGAAAGACAUUCUAAAAGAAAAGAAAACAUCUUGUUUGAAUUUAUGUUUUCAAUUUCAAUGGUCAAGGAUUUUACUAUCGAUUAAAAGUAUGAUUAUUAUUGGAGUUGGUUCCAUCUUCGUCAUGGUUCCAUAUUUAGCAAAGAUAUUUGAAAAUGGACAAUGGAUAUUAAUUGCUCUCUGUAUGACACAAGCGGAUACUGUUGGAGGAGCACUUACAAUGAUGAACAUGAGACUAAUUGGAACUCUCUUAGGCGCCAUGUGGUCUUAUAUAACCUAUUUAUUGGUUCGUGAUAAUAUAUUUGAAACAUUUGUCAUGCUAAUUCCCUGGAUAUUUUUAUUUGGAUAUUUAAGAUUAUUUCCCAAAUGGGGUUAUACGGCCGCAGUCGCUCUACUCACCCCGAUUCUUAUCAAUUUAGGUCGAUUGCCCUAUGGAGAUGCCUUACCAGCAGGAAACUAUGCAUUACUUCGAAUUGAAGAAAAUUUUGUUGGAAUUGCAAUUGCCAGUGUUCUAACAUUGAUUAUCUUCCCUGUAUUUGCCAUUGAUUUAUUGAAAGAAAAUAUUCAAAAAAGUUUCGAUUCAUGCAAAGAUAGUAUCAAUUCCAUGCAUAAACUAUAUGAUGAAUUAUUUCAUCAUCAACAUAUGGAAAACGAGAUUUCAAUUGACUUUGAAAAUAUUAAUGAAAUCAAAUCAUUUCUUGAUGAACAACGAUAUCACUUUCAUCAAUUAAUUAGUAGUCAACGAAUGUUAGUGACAACUGUAUCUAUGGAACCAACAUUCUGCUGGUUUAAAAAUCCUUUUUCUUCGUCUCAUUAUAAUUUAAUAGUUCAACAACAAAUGGAUAUAUUUAGAAUGUUACAUAAUAUUGAUGUGGCAUUAAUAUGUCUGAGUGAAUGUGCAAUAAAGAAUGAAAAAGAAUUAGAGGGAGUGAAAUUUCAUGCCGCAAAUGGUCUUUUUCUUCCAAAUGUUCAUAAUGAAUUAUUUUAUAUAAGUAAACAAUUAAAUGAUUGUUUACAACUUUGGUCAACUUAUUUUAAUGUUACACAAACGUGUUGUCAUCAAUUAACUCGUGGUUUAAUACCACAUCGAACAAAAUUGAAUCAACAAGAUUUAUUCGAAUAUGAAAAAUAUCUUAGUCAAUUACAUAAAACCAUAGAUCGACUGGAAAAUGAACAUCAGCAAGGAAUCAAUCGUUUAUUUGAUCAUUAUUUUCAGCGAUUCAAUCAAGGAGAACAGUCUAUUCCAUUUGUUCCAUUUGCCCAAAAUGAACAUGCUGAUUCCAUUCUUCUUGCCCUAUCAGCGAUGUAUUAUUCAAGCACACAACUAGCUCAUGCAGCAUUAGGUUUAGGUACAACCGUUCGUGAGGUUUUUGAACUUGAAACUACGAAUUUAUAUCAAUCUUUUUAA